CCAGGACUGCCUCUCCGGGAGGGCGGUGGAGUUUGAUAUUUCCAACUCCUGAGUCCAGCCAGAGCAAGUGGGAAGCGCCCGGAGGCGGCACGGGGACCUGCCCCAACCUGUGGAGCCUCCUAGCCUCGGCCACACGUGCAAGCCAACGACGGAGCUGCCCCCUUUAAGGGCCUCUGUGACCCUCUCCCAUUCCGGGCCGCCUAUUUCAAUCCUCUGGGACGAUGGUUGGCUUCAAGCCCCCCGACGUCCCUCCCACCACAGCGGUCAAGUUCUUUGGAGCUGGCACAGCGGCCUGUUUCGCCGACAUCCUCACCUUUCCCCUGGACACGGCCAAGGUUCGCCUGCAGAUCCAAGGAGAACGUGGGGCAGGGCAACCUGUGCGGUACCGAGGCGUCCUGGGCACCAUCCUGACCAUGGUGAAGACCGAGGGCCCGGGCAGCCUGUACAGCGGGCUGGUGGCCGGCCUGCAGCGCCAGAUGAGCUUCGCCUCCAUCCGCAUCGGCCUCUACGACUCGGUCAAGCAGUUCUACAUGCCUGCGGGAUCGGAACAGUCUAGCAUUGCUGUGCGGCUCCUGGCGGGGUGCACAACGGGCGCCAUGGCGGUGACCUGCGCCCAGCCCACGGACGUGGUCAAAGUGCGUUUCCAGGCCUGCCUGCAGCUGGAGCCGGGAAGCAGGAAAUACAGCGGGACGAUGGACGCCUACCGCACCAUCGCCAAGGAGGAAGGAGUCAGAGGCCUGUGGAAAGGAAUCAUGCCCAACAUCACCCGGAAUGCCAUCGUCAACUGUGCCGAGAUGGUGACCUAUGACCUCAUCAAGGAGUCACUGAUAGACCAUCACCUGAUGACAGACAACUUCCCCUGCCACUUCGCCUCGGCCUUCAGCGCCGGCUUCUGUGCCACGGUGGUGGCCUCCCCGGUGGACGUGGUGAAGACACGGUAUAUGAAUUCUGCCCCUGGCCAGUACCCCGGCGUCUUCAGCUGCAUGAAGGUGGUGGCGAUGGAAGGGCCCACUGCCUUCUACAAGGGGUUUACCCCCUCCUUCCUGCGGCUGGGAUCCUGGAACGUGGUGAUGUUUGUCACCUACGAGCAGCUGAAACGGGCCCUGAUGGUAGUCCGCAUGUCAUGGGAAUCUCCAUUUUAGGAGAGAAGGGGCAGGGGAUCACCGAGGCCUCACACCAGUGGCGGAUGGACAGCGGUGACCCUCCUUACACGCACACAGAUGCACACUCGCACUCACGCACUCCUGCCCCCACCCCGCUUCGCGGAAUGGUAAUUUGCUGCUGAAUCUCAAGAAAUACCCCUUCGGGAUGCAAGUCUGAAGAGGUGGAAGAGCAGAAGGGUUCUACCCUUACACCAGCCUCUGCUUUUAAAGGAACACUUGUCACAAACUGGCAAGAUGGAAAUGUAAAUUAUAUUAAUUUUGGAAACGCAAUAAGGCUAUGCCUAACAUUUAGGUCACAGAUCGUUGAACUUUAUAAAAUGAUCCCAAACAGGAGCCAGUAGGCCACACCGCUGAAACCUGAGGCAUCUGAGAGCGAGGAGCCGGCAGACGGGCACUCGGUGGCCUUCAUCCGUCAAGAGGGUGGAACUGGGGAGCCAAGGGCAGAAGCGCGGAGCAGAGGUCUACUGGGGGGAUGUCUGGGUGACUGCACCAACCCCAGAAGACCCGCAUAACAUCCUCCUCCGCCCUGGACUCCCGGAGCUCGAGCCAGCGGGAUCCUCGGAAAUGCUCAGCUGAAGCAUAACCACCUGUGGGAAAAACCCUGCCGCAGGUCGAACGACCGACCGAUCGGGAACCCCAGUAGAGCAAGGAUUUCAUUGACGAGGACGAACCGAGGCUGGGAGAAGUUCAUGGACCCACUCCCAUUUCAGGAGGGGACCCAACAAGUUUGUUUAGAUGGGAGCUGAUGAGGAGCAGCUGGACUGCUGCUAGGAGUGAGGUGUGGGCAGAGGAGGGCUUUGUGGGAGGGCGCUUGGUGUACUCUCUGCCCUGUGGCCUAGGGCAGAGAGACGAGUCUCUUUGGCCUGAAUAUUUGCUGAGCUCCACCUGGGCACCGGGACUAUGAAGGAAAGAAUUGGUUUUGCGGUCUCGACGGCAUGAGCCGAAGGUUCAGAAAUUUAGGAAACUUGGGCCGCCCACCCAAUAAAGGAAACCACGGACUCUGGCAGGGGAGAUCGUGAUGGCCAUUUUCUUUGCUUUCUGUUCUUCUGUACUGCCCGAUUCCACCGGUCAAGUCCACCGAGCCCUGGAGGGAAAGGCCCCAGACACCCACCCGCC